UCUCUUGUAUAAUGGUUUUUAUGUUUUUAAUAUUAUUGAUCUUUUUUAGUAAAGAAGGUAAUAUUUUUAUUUUGGAUGAACAUGAAAUCCAAUGAUAUGAUCACUUUUUUUUUUUUUUUUUAAGACUAAUUACUUUUUAUUUGUGUUGCAUGAAGGGUCCUUUGCCUGAAAAAGCUUGGUAAACUAUGGCGGAAUGUGUUUUGACUUGUGAUGGUAGCCUUAAGGAGCAUUUGAAGAAUGCUAUAGUAUCUCAUCCAGAGAAAAUACUCCAACUGACAUCUUGGUACCGUUAUUAUGAUUAUUAUUUUUUCUUUUGUAUCUAUGUUAAAUUAAAUGACGACUAUGACCCCAAUUUGUUAACUCUUUUCCAAAGUCCAUUCGCCCUCACAAAAUAAGAAGCUUCAAUUUUUUGUUUUUAUCUGGAACGUUCUCUCGUCCCCACCCGAUUCCUCUCUUGUCGACGCGCCAUCCCCUUUUCUCUCUCUUAACCUCCACCCACAACCGAUCCCGUUCUCUCUCCAUCUCCACCUCCACCUCCACCUCCACCUCCACGGCCGUUACCCUUUCUCUCACUCUCUCCCUCUCUCUAUAUCCGCCGGCACUGCCCCAUCUCUCGCCGCCGGCGAUGUUCAAGCCAAGGGUUCAAACUUUUUUUUCUUUAGUUGGUAUUCACACUCUCCACCAGGCUCACUCCUACUACCUCUCUUUGACAUUUUGGCCAAGGGUUCAAACUUUCUUUCUUCAUCAUAUUUUACAAAUUGUAUAUAAAUUUUGAUUCUUAGUGUGCGUCUGUGUGUAUAAUAAUUUGUAUGGGUUGCUGGAUCGGGUGAUGAGAGAGUGCCGCAAACCACCACUUCACCGCCAUUAAAGUAGGAACCAACUCCUUCAAACUCCUCAUCGUUUGAACCGACCCACCACCGGCGAAUCCUUGCCAGUCAUUUUCGGCCACGACAUCCUUGCCUCCGCUUCCAUCUCCGCCGCCUCCCAACUCCCCGCCAUCAAUGCCCUCUCCAAAUUCUAACAAAUCGUUCGCUCCCAACGCAUAUCCCCAACCCAAAUCCGCCACCCUUUCCCGCAACCUCUAUGAUAUUCCACUCCUUCACGAUCUCACUGCAUAUACGUGUCUAUAGGGAGUGAUAGAACAGAACAAAAUGGGGUCUUUUCAAUUUGAAAAGUGAGAGAGAAUAAUAACCUUACAAUUGGUGGAAUGGAAAAAUAGACAAUUUGCGUAGGGUGGUGGUGUUGUAAUAAAGCUCAAUCUGAACCAGUGUAAUAAGCUCAAACCUCAGGGUGUGAGUGUAAUUCACCCAUAUUUUUAUGAUUGCUUAAUUCUUCGGAUUAGGAAAAAUUGGACCAUACCUUAAUCUACGUUUAUGAAUUCAUUUAGUCUUUGCAAGUUGUAUACCAUGCUUCCAUUAGUGUAUGGUAAUUUAAAUGAAGGCCUUAUCACUAAAAAUUUCUUUAAAAAUAAUUGUACUAAUUGAUCAACAAGUCUGUCUGGUAAUUAUAUAUCAAUCCAAUGAUAGUUGUUUACUUUAGAGCUUCUUUGUAUUCCAGGAUGCAAAGCCAAGGAAAAGUGAUCUUAAAAAAUGCUGAAAUCUUAAACCAUUUGAUAUCUAUUUUCAAAGCUGAUGGAGAGAAGCUCAUCAAUGGCCAGUCUGGACUUGUCUUCGAAUGCAUUCAGGAAGCGAUAGCAAUAGCUCCUCGAAUUGCACUUGCUGUCCGGCGAAGGCCUGGUUUCACAGAAUAUAUAUGUUUGGAUCUAAAUGCACUCACUAUUGAAGAAAUGAGCGUGCCCCAAUAUCUGCAGUUCAAGGAAAAACUCGUCGAUGGAUGUAGCAAUGGCACCUUUGAGUUUGAAUUGGACUUUGAACCAUUCAAUGCAUCGAUUCCUCACCCAAAGCUUUCAAAAUCUAUUGGACAUGGUGUGGAGAAUCUUAACCGUCACCUAUCUGCAAAAAUGUUCCACGACAAAGAUAUGAAGCAGCAACUGCUUGAUUUUCUUCGGCUUCAUAACUACAAGGGCAAGUCACUCAUGGUGAAUGACAGAAUUCAGAACUUGAACCAACUUCAAUCUGUUGUUAGAGAGGCAGUGGAUUAUCUGUCUACUUUGCCUUUGGAUGCCCCAUUUUCUGAUUUUGAAGAUAGGUUCCAAGUGACUGGUUUGGAAAGGGGUUGGGGUGAUACUGCUGAAUCAGUGUCUGACAUGCUUAAUCUGCUCUUACAACUCCUCGAGGCUCCUGACCAUUGUGCCUGCGAGAAAUUUCUCGGGACAGUCCCUAUGGUUUUCAAUGUAGUUAUUCUCUCUCCCCAUGGUUACUUUGCUCAAGACAAUGUCUUGGGCUAUCCUGAUACUGGUGGCCAGGUUGUUUACAUUUUGGAUCAAGUUCCUGCCAUGGAACGCGAGAUGCUUAAACGGCUGAAAAAGCAAGGACUUAAUGAUAUCAUCCCUCGAAUUAUCAUUGUCACCCGCCUUCUGCCAGAUGCAGUUGGCACCACGUGCAAUCAACGCAUUGAGAAAGUCUAUGGAACAGAGCAUUCAUACAUUCUGCGAGUUCCCUUUAGAACUGAGGAGGGAAUUCUUCGCAAGUGGAUCUCGCGUUUUGAAGUGUGGCCAUAUAUGGAGACUUUCACUGAGGAUGUUGCAAAUGAAAUUCUUGGAGAGUUGCAGACAAAGCCGGACUUGAUCAUUGGCAACUACAGUGAGGGUAACCUUGUUGCCACCUUACUAGCUCACAAGUUUGGGUCAAUCCAGAGUACCAUUGCUCAUGCUUUGGAGAAAACUAAGUAUCCAAAUUCUGACCUAUAUUGGAAGAAAUUUGAGGAGAAGUAUCAUUUCUCGUCCCAGUUUACUGCUGAUCUCAUUGCAAUGAAUCAUACUGAUUUCAUUAUCACUAGCACUUUCCAGGAGAUUGCUGGAAGUAAGAACUCUUAUGGACAGUAUGAAAGUCAUACAGCCUUUACCAUGCCUGGAUUGUACCGAGUUGUCCAUGGGAUUGAUGCGUUCGACCCCAAAUUCAACAUUGUUGCACCAGGGGCUGAUAUGUCCCUCUACUUCUCUUACUCAGAGAAGAGUAGACGACUGACUAACUUCCACCCUGAAAUUGAAGAGCUUCUAUUUAGUGCUGUUGAAAAUGAAGAACAUUUAUGUGUGUUGAAAGACAGGAGCAAGCCCAUUCUAUUCACAAUGGCAAGGCUGGAUCGUGUGAAGAACUUGACAGGACUUGUUGAGAUGUAUGGUAAGAGUGCUCGGCUUAGGGAGUUGGUGAACCUGGUUGUGGUAGGUGGAGAUCGUAGGAAGGAAUCCAAGGACUUGGAAGAGCAAGCAGAGAUGAAGAAGAUGUAUGAGCUCAUAGACACCUACAAGCUGAAUGGUCAGCUCAGGUGGAUUUCUUCCCAGAUGAACCGGGAGAGGAAUGGUGAACUGUACCGAUACAUUGCAGACAAGAGAGGAGCUUUUGUGCAGCCUGCUUUCUAUGAGGCUUUCGGUCUGACAGUGGUUGAGUCCAUGACCUGUGGCUUACCAACAUUUGCUACAUUACAUGGCGGUCCAGCUGAGAUAAUUGUGCACGGAAAGUCUGGCUUCCACAUUGAUCCAUACCAUGGUGAUGAGGUUGCUCAAGUGCUUGUUAAUUUCUUUGAAAAGUGCAGGGAUGACCCAACUCAUUGGGAAUCCAUUUCGGCUGGAGGCCUUACACGCAUUCUUGAGAAGUUUACAUGGCAAAUUUACUCUGAGAGGGUGAUGAAUUUGGCUGGGGUUUAUGGAUUUUGGAAGCAUGUGUCUAAAAAAGAUCAACGUGAGAUUGAGAAACGACGCUACAUUGAAAUGUUUCAUGCCCUGAUGUACCGUAAGUCGGCCGAGUCUGUUCCGUUAGCAGUUGAUGAGUAGAUCAAAGGAAGAACCAUUAUCACGGGAUCUUAUUGGACGGCAUCAAUUUUCCUUUUCAUUUUUUCUUUUUGAAACAGUUGUUUUGAAUAGACCAAUAGGUAGUCAGUUAUUGGUAGUGAAUUUGGUUUACAUGGAUGGUUUUAUCCCUUUUUAUCUUAGUAGAUAAAAUUGAUGAAUGUAAAACAUCUGCUAUUUCCGUGGUAAUAAAUAUCUAAGUUCUAA